UACUACCUGAUCCACCAAUCAAUGGAGACUGGGAGGAAACAUCGCUCGAUAGUUUUCUCCCAACAGUGCUUUCUUUUUCUGUCAGCCUUUGGGUUUGUAAAUACCAUGGGGUUGUAGCCGUGAACAUUUAGCCCACUUCUCUCUCCCUACGAUUUCCGCAGCUAGAAAAACCGGACCGACCACUGCCUACCUCCCCCGGUUUGCUUCGCGGUUACUUCCCGGCGUUUAGUGCUUGUGCUCUGACCGGGAGAGGCUGCAGAGAUGUCCGACAACGGCGGCUUGGCUGUCGGCCUUCUGUCUUACGAUACGCUUGUUCACGCCGUGGCAGGUGCAAUGGGGAGUGUGACAGCUAUGACCGUCUUCUUCCCUUUGGACACGGCCAAAAGCAGACUUCAGGUGGAUGAGAAGCGGAAGUCUAACUCCACCCCCAUCAUCUUGGCUGAGAUUGCAAAGGAAGAAGGCCUUCUGUCUCUGUAUAGAGGCUGGUUUCCAGUCAUCUCCAGCCUCUGCUGCUCCAACUUUGUCUACUUCUACACCUUCAACACUCUGAAGAAGCUGACAGCAUCUGGUCCGGGCAAGUCCAGACCCAGCAAAGACCUACUCAUGGGGGUCGUAGCAGGGGUGGUGAAUGUGGUCCUGACCACUCCCAUGUGGGUGGUCAACACUCGACUGAAGCUGCAGGGAGCAAAGUUCAGAAACGAAGACCUCCAGCAGACGCGGUACAGGGGCAUAUUUGAUGCUUUCUCACAGAUCAUUGCCAAUGAGGGAGUGGGAACUCUGUGGAACGGCACUCUGCCCUCUCUUAUCCUCGUCCUCAACCCGGCUGUACAGUUCAUGUUUUAUGAGGCCAUGAAGAGGAAGGCAGGCAAGGGGGGGAGGAAGAUAUCCUCAGCACAGAUCUUUCUCAUUGGAGCCAUUGCAAAGGCGAUUGCUACCACUGCGACAUAUCCUCUUCAGACAGUUCAGGCCAUCCUGAGGUUCGGUCAGUACAAAGGUGAUGGCAAGGGUGGUGUGAUUGGAAGCCUCUCAAACAUUUUCUCCCUGCUCAUGGACAGAAUCAAGAGAAAUGGUUUCCUUGGUUUGUACAAAGGCCUGGAAGCCAAGCUGCUACAGACAGUACUGACAGCUGCCCUCAUGUUUGUUGUGUACGAGAAGAUCACUGCAGCUACCUUCAGAGUCAUGGGUCUGAACAAGAAACUGAAGCAGUGAACACACAGCUGCUUCAAUACAUUACAGCAUUAAUACACCCAUUGUUGGUAGGUUUUUUUUAAUGCCAUUUUGUCAUAUAAAAUGUAAUAAGAGAAGGGAUUGAUGCCUUUAGUGCCACAGAUUCCCACACUUGCCCAAAACAUGGAGAGGUUGGUGUAAUACUUAAUGAUACCCUCUCUUUUUUAAACCUUUAAAUAUCUCCAUCUGUGCAGACUGAACUUAUCUAUCAGCAACAGUGAAUCUCUCUUGACAUGGUGAAAACAGUUAGUGUUGUAUAAUGCAAAUAAGUUGUGAGAAUGUGUUUAUCCCAAUUCAGCCUGUCUGCUGCAUUCACAAACUCUUCUGGUGCAAGUAGUUUGUUGAAUGCAGAGCUGAAGUGGCACCAGUCUUAAUGAAAUGGACCACUAGGAGGCAAAAUUAAUGAGCGUGCUUUCCUUUGCACAAAAAGACCAAUGUCAUCACUUUUCAGAGAGAUUCACUCACCUACAAUUGAAACUAAAAUGAAGCUAACGCAAAUGAUGACACCAGUAAGGUACCUACCUAUGUGUUGCCUUGGUUUAAGCCACUGGAACAUUCCUCGAACACUCCAUCUUAUGUUUAACUGUGAGAUUCACUAAGAUUGAUGAUAUGCAAGAUGGAAACCUCAUGAAAUUCCUACCAGAAGAUGCCAUUAUUACAUUAUUAGUAAAUGAGCAGUAAUAACAAAAAAUGGUGAAAGGGCAGAGGAAAAUAACUAUGAGGGACAAAGCUCCUUCAUAUUUAUAGAUUUGUGUAUAAAAUCUGCACAAACUUUUUCAGCUUAGAAAGGUUUUGAUUUUAAAAUGAUAAAUAAUAUAUUAAGAUGAAUUUACUAUAAACAAGAAUGAGUACUUAACCCUUCACUGAGAGUUUGAAAGAAAAGGUUACAUGUGUAAAAAAUACUGCAGUAAGUGCCUCUAAACUGAUGUAAGUGCUGUGAUGACUUGAUGAUUUACACAAACCACGAUGCACUGAGUUAUCUGGCUACAGUCUUCAUGAUGUUUUUGGUCAGUAUGAACAUUUUGUCCUGCAGGUGUUUUUCAUUAUUUAUCUGUGUCCUGUUGGUAGUGAAGGGGUAGUCAGGGUUUGCAGUAAUUUACACUGUUUGUUUAUCACAGUGCUCUUCCUGUGAGUUGUUGAAUUGAAGUUUCUGCAGUCACAGUUGAUGCACUGCUGUUGUUGAUGUUGUCUGUCGUUGAAGCGGUUAACUGUUGCCUUCAACACUGCUUUGCAACAUCAUUUUGACUGUUCAUUGUAUACUGAUUGCCAGUGGUGUAGCCUAGUUGCAGUUGUGGAGGACAUGAUCAAUUUACCAAAAACUAGAAACAGCGCUUUUACCAGAUUUGAGCUUCUUUUUCAUUAUGUUUGCUCAGUUGUAACUUGAACCUGGUUUCCUACCUUUCUGCUGACUCAUGCACCUGCUGUCAGGAAAUACGGUAUAUCUCUCUAUCAAUUGACUGUAUAUCUGCUAGAUGAAUUAUGAUGCAUAAUGUUCCUUUUUUAAUUCAUGAUAUCAAAUGUGUGUUUAAAGUUAGGGAAAUAAAAUGUAGCGUUGACUCCCUCCUGUUUAGUCUUGUAAAAGUUACUAAAUUAUCCAUAGCUUGUUUGGUCAGAGGUGCACUUUAAUAACACACUAACUCUUAGGUAAGACAUCAAAGUUGUUUAUGGAAAGUAGUUAUGAAAAAAUAGCAAAGAGUAAGGUAGUAAUAUCCAGUAAAGAAAAUGGCUUAAUCUGAGGAUAGCAGGUGCGGAAAAGCAGAAAGCUUCAAACAAUCAAUAAGUUGAGGCAAGAUGAUGAAACAAGCUUUAUUUAACAGUGAACAAGUCCAAGUCUGGUGAAAGUGUCACUGUGAGUAAAAAAAAAAA